AUGAUUGCUACGAAGGCGCUGGCGCUUGCUCCGCUGGCGCCUAACGCGCUGGCGCCUAACGCGUCGGUGCCUAGCGCGCUGGCGCAAAUCGCGCUGGCGCCAAACGCGCUGGCGCCUAACGCUCUGGCGCCUAGAACGCUGGCGCCUAUCGUGCUGGCGCCUAAGGCGCUGGCGCUUGCUGCGCUGAUGCCUUGCGCGCUGGCGCCUAGCGCGCUGGCGCCAUGUGCGCUGGCGCCUAGCGCGCUGGCACCUAACGCUCUGGCGCCAUGUGCGCUGGCGCCUAGCGCGCUGGCGCCUAGCGCGCUGGCGCCUAACGCGCUGGCGCCUAACGCGCUGGCGCCUAGCGCGCUGGCGCCAACGCGCUGGCGCCUAGCGCGCUGGCGCCUAACGCGCUGGCGCCUAGCGCGCUGGCGCCUAGCGCGCUGGCGCCAAACGCGCAGGCGCCUAGCGCGCAUGCGCCAAGCGUGCUGGCGCCGAGCGCUGGCGCCUAGCGCGCUGGCGCCAUGUGCGCUGGCGCCUAGCGCGCUGGCACCUAACGCUCUGGCGCCAUGUGCGCUGGCGCCAUGUGCGCUGGCACCUAUCGCGCUGGCGCCUAACGCGCUGGCGCCUAGCGCGCUGGCGCCAACGCUGGCGCCCAGCACGCUGGCGCCUAUCGCGCUGGCGCUUAGAGCGCUGGCGCCUAGCCCGCUGGCGCCAAACGCGCAGGCUCCUAGCGCGCAGGCGCCUAUCGCCCUGCCGCCUUGCGCGCUGGCGCCUAACGCGCUGGCGCCUAAUGCGCUGGCGCCUGACGCGCUGGCGCCCAACGCGCUGCCGCCUAGCGCGCUGGCGCCUUGCGCGCUGGCGCCUUGCGCGCUGCCGCCUAACGCGCUGCCGCCUUACGUGCUGCCGCCUUGCUGCAGUGAGCUCACGCCUUGCUGCAAGGAGAUCGGGCAUGGAGGCUCGUCGGUGGUGCGCGUGUGCCGGCAUCGCGCCACGGGGGAGAGGUUCGCGUGCAAGAGCAUUCUCAAGGACAACCUCCGCUGCGCCGCUGACGUGGCAGACGUCCGAAGAGAAAUCGAGGUGUUGGAGCAGCUGGGGCACCACGCGCACAUCGUGCAGCUGCACGCCACCUUCGAGGACAUCUCAGCCGUCCAUCUCGUCAUGCAGCUCUGCCACGGCGGCGAGCUCUUCCACGAGAUCGUGCGUCGCGAGCGCUUCUCCGAGGCGGACGCCGCCGUCGUCUUCCGCCAGCUGGCGGAGGCGGUGGCGUUCUGCCACGCGCGCGGCGUGCUGCACCGCGACCUCAAGCCCGAAAACAUCCUGCUGCUGCACCCCGUGGCGGAGGGGGAGGGGGGAGCGGGGGAGGAGGGGGAAGGUGGGGGUGCGGGGGAGCGGGGCAGUGCGGCGGUGGCGGCGGUGGAGGAUUGGAAGCCGCGGGAGCAGGCGGACGAGGAGGGGAACGACGGCGGGCUCACGCCCCCUCCCGGCCAUCUGCUCCGCCACUCCUCGCUCCCCUCCCCCUCCUCCUCCGCCUUCCCCACCUCCCCCCUCCACUGCCUCCCCACCAUUGCAGAUCCCGCCACAACCCCUCCAACGACCUCUCCCCCUUCCGCUUCCGCCUCCGUCUGUCCGCCCUCCCCUUCCCCUCCGCCGCCCCCGCUCCACGUGAAGCUGGCGGAUUUCGGGCUGGCGCUGCACCUGGGGCCGGGGGAGCGCGCGCAGGGCUUCGCGGGCAGCCCAUUCUACGUCGCGCCAGAGGUGCUGGCGCGGCGCUCCUACGACACGUCAGCAGACAUGUGGAGUCUGGGCGUGGUGCUGUACUCGUUAUUAGCAGGCGACCUGCCAUUCGUGGGGGACACAGAGAAGAAGGUGUUCCGCGCCAUUACCAAGGGGCGCCUCAACCUGCAGGCGCCCCCCUGGCCGUCCGUCUCCGCGCCCGCCAAGGCGCUCAUCCGCCGCCUGCUCGACCCCACCCCCGCCUCGCGCCUCUCCGCGCCCCUCCUGCUGCAGCACCCCUGGCUCGCGCACACGCUCCUGCCCCCUGCGCCCGCGCUGCCUGUACCGCAGCCAGUGGGCGCGCGCGAGGGGGAGCCAGCAGGCAUGGGCGCGAGCCCAGCGAGGGAAGGGACGGACUGGAGUGACGAGCGCGCAGGCAGGGUAGGCGGGGCAGGCGGGGCAGCUCGGCCAGCGAGUGCGGGAGGGCGCGUGGCAGCGCUGCAGGUCCCGGACCCACAGCACCCCGCGCCUCUGGCCGCGCCCCAAUCGCCACGCACGCCCUCCCCCCGCCGCGCCCCCCCACCCGUGUCCGCUGCUCGCUCUGCCGCCUCUGCUGCUGCGUCGGCGCUGAGGAGGGCCGCCAGGCACGCCGUGUCAGGCGGCGCAGGCGCGGAGGACGAGGGGGCCUGCCCAGGGGAUGGCGCGGGCGAGGCGAGCAGUCGGCGGCACAGUGGGACGGGUGGGGCGAGCGGGGCAGCAGGGACAGGGAGGACAGGCAGCAGUGUGGGCGGCAGUGCGGGCAACACACCAAACAGCGCCGUGCGGAGCCUGGCAGCGGCGUUUGGGAGGAGUCCAGGGGCGAAGACAGAGGGGACCAAGGCAGAGGGGGGGAAGAGCGGGGCAGGGCAGUCGGGGGGGCCCCAGCGCGAGGGUGUGAGUGCUGGGUCGAGCGACGCGAGUGCUGGCACGAGCAGCAGCACCUUUGGUGGCAGUGGUAGCGAUGGCAACACCAGUGGUGGCAGCGCGAGUGUGAAGGCCGGUGGUGAAGUGCAGAGCACAGCGGGCAGCAGAGGCAGUGGUGGCGCCAACACAGCUGCCCCGCUUUCGCCUGUCCCUUGCGCUCCCUCUCCUGCCCCUGUGGAUCCUCCCCCACUUGCUCCCUUGCACAGCGCCUCAAAUGCCACAUCACAUACUGGCACUGCAGCACCUGCCAUCCUAGCAGCGAUUGCCCUGGCUCUGCUCCUGUCACUGGUGAUGCCGAUGCUGGUGUUGUCAUUGCCACGGACAGAGCUGCUGCUGUGGCAAGUCAAGGAGCAAUGGAUGAUGGCGGCAGCAGCAGCAGCAGCAGCAGAAGAAGAAGCAGCAGGCGAGUCACGAACAGAAGGAGGGCGAGUGGAAGGGGCAGUGCAGGUGGCAGCAGGGGCAGGAGAGAGCGCCUCGCAGGGGGGUGCAGAGGUGUGUGAGGCAGUGGCAGGCGGCACAGGGGAUGGGAGCAUUGUAGCACUGGCAGCAAAGGCUGGUGAAGGACAGGGGGAUGCGGAGGACAGCAGUGGCAGCGAUGGCAGCGGUGAGAAGAUUGGCAUAGCAGGCACAGGAGAUUGCAGUACAAUGGCAGCUUCGUGUGACACACCCAUGCUUAAACCUGAAGCCACAUCCACACCCACUGCUGCACCCACACCGACUCCCACUCCCGAGCCCACACCCACGGCACCUGCUGGUGCUCUGGCUGGUGCUGUUCAGCAGUCCGCCGGUGAGCUGUCAGCCGAGCAGCGCGAGGAGGGUUCAGAGAGAGAGGCGGAUGGCGGUGCGAUUGGCGAGGUGCAGACAGAGAGCGAGGGCAGGGUGGGCGGUGCAGGCAGUGCAGCAGAGAGCGGCGGGGAGUCCGUCUUCAUGGGAGUGGAGGCGUGCUUAGAGGCAACCACAGCAGUCCCUCCAGGGCCUUUGACAGUGCCUGUGCCCGUGCCAGAUGGCACUGCUGUAGCCGGCAGUGCUGUAGCAGGCAGCACUGCAGCUUCAAAGCCGGGAGCAGCAGCAGUAACAGUGGUUCCUCCAGGGGUUUCGUGUGUGGGGGAUGCAGAGUCCAGCCUGAAGCUGCUGCUGCACCCGCUGCGCCUCUCCCCUCGCCGCUCCAUGCGGCGCUCCCUCAGUAGCAGCAGUGGCAGCAGGAAUGGCGAGGUGGGCAGGGAGAGGAGGGGCGAGCUCAAGGGUGGGCAGGGGCAGGAGAAUGGGGGAGGAGGGGGCGGGUCGGAGCAGGUGGUGCAGGCGUGUGUGGCAGGGCCGUUCAAGUGGCGGCCACUCAAGGGCAGUGUGAGUGGCAGGCUGGGGUCGGGCAGGGCUGCUGCUCACAUCGCUCCUCAGCUCCACCACUGA